UUUAAUGGAGAUUUUUUAAUAUAUUUCCUAAAAUUAUAUCAUAAAUAUAUUGCAUGUGAAUUUUGGAAGUACUUACAUCCAACGCUUCAUGAAUGCGAAAACUACGAUUUCGCGAAUUUGUGAUCACAAAUGUUUUUUUUUUUUACUCCUGACAAUAAUUUAGAAGAUAAUAUACUACUGACAUUCUAUUAAAUAGAACCGGAGAAAAAUGUCGGAUGACCCGAGCUUGUAUAGAUUGGAGGGAACUGGAGGGAAUGAAAUAGGUGGUCUGGUCAUCCGUAAGAAAGCUUCAGAUCACACUUUUAAGAAACCCUCUAUACUAGGACUCGACAAGCUUGCAGAACGAAAACGAAGAGAGCAGUCGCAGGAGCCCACCAGCUCAAAGUCCAACAAAUCCGAAGGAAAGGACAGAAGGUACCGGUCUUACGAGGAGGAGACUCCUACUCAUACGGGAGGUGUCAAUAGCGAGGCGCAGCGGAGAUUGGAAUCACGACUCAAGCGUCAACGUUUAAACGCGGACGACAGAGAUUCCAGAGGUUCGUACAAAGGUCGCGAGAGAGACAGGGACAGAAGGAGGGAUCGGGAUAGGGACAGUCGGAGCAGAGAUAGCAGUAUGAGGCAAACGCCCCUUAGAUUCAAAGACGAGCCCCAAACGCCAAAAUUCCGAACAAAGGAUCCGACCUCCAAGAGCAACUGGGACGAUGACGAGGACGAGGAGCCGAAACGAUCGAGCUGGGAUCAUCCGACGCCGAACUUGUACGGCAACAGAGAUGGGCGUGACAGCAUCAGAAGCGAAUUCACUCCAUCCUACAAGUACAACUCGUGGAACAAAGAUUUCAAGAAUUCCGGUACCACUCCAAUGAUGGAUGGCGAGGAGAAGGAGCUAUGGGAGGAGGAGCAGCAACGACUGGACAGAGAAUGGUAUGCGUUGGACGAUGGUGAGAAUAACGCCUUUGCCAAUGUAUCCGAGGAGUACACGCAGAAGAAGGAGAUGGAACUGGAGGCCAGGCGGCAGAAACGCCUCUCUGCCCAGCAGCGACAGAUAAACAAGGACAACGAGCUGUGGGAGCGUAACCGCAUGCUAACGUCUGGAGUGGUGAGCUCGUUGGAUCACGACGACGAUCCCGACGACGAGGGCGAGGCGAGAGUUCACCUGCUGGUUCACAACGUGGUGCCGCCUUUCUUGGAUGGGCGUAUUGUGUUCACGAAGCAGCCGGAGCCGGUCGUGCCUGUGCGCGAUCCCACUUCCGACAUGGCUCUGGUGGCGAGGAAAGGCUCGGCGCUAGUCAAGGCGUAUCGCGAGCAAAAGGAGCGACGUAGGGCGCAAAAGAAGCACUGGGAAUUGGCCGGCACGCACAUCGGCAACAUUAUGGGCGUGCACGAUCGACGUAAGGACGACAAGGAACACGCGGGACAAGAAAUGGACUUCAAGGCUGGGCAAAAGUACGCUCGGCACAUAGGCUCUGGAGAGGUGACGGGGGAGGCUAAGCACAGAUCUAUACAGCAUCAGAGACGAAGUCUGCCUGUGUUCGCAGUGCGCCAGGAACUGCUGAAUAUUAUUAGAGAGAACAGCGUCGUUAUUAUAGUCGGCGAGACUGGUAGCGGUAAAACCACGCAAUUAACACAAUAUCUUCAUGAGGAUGGUUAUAGUCGCAAUGGUAUAAUUGGUUGUACUCAGCCCAGAAGGGUCGCUGCCAUGUCCGUUGCGAAAAGAGUAUCAGACGAGAUGGCUACUGCUCUAGGUGACAAGGUCGGAUAUGCUAUACGUUUUGAAGACUGCACUUCAAAGGAUACGGUCAUCAAAUAUAUGACCGAUGGUAUCUUACUGAGAGAAAGUUUGAGAGAAGGAGAUUUGGAUCGUUAUAGUGUGAUUAUAAUGGACGAAGCUCACGAACGAUCGCUUUCUACUGAUGUAUUAUUUGGUCUCCUUCGAGAGGUUGUUGCAAGACGGCAUGAUCUAAAGUUAAUUGUCACCUCCGCAACAAUGGAUUGCAGUAAAUUUUCCGCUUUCUUCGGUAACGCGGCAACAUUUCAAAUACCUGGACGUACGUUCCCCGUCGAAGUGUUGCACGCGAAGAAUCCAGUUGAGGAUUACGUGGACGCGGCAGUGAAGCAAGUUCUGCAAAUUCACUUGCAGCCUAAAAGCGGCGACGUACUGGUAUUUAUGCCCGGCCAAGAAGACAUCGAGGUCACCUGCGAAGCUCUAAAGGAACGUUUAGCCGAAAUCGAAUCAGCUCCGUCUCUUUCUAUAUUACCAAUUUAUUCGCAACUACCGUCAGACUUGCAGGCAAAGAUCUUCCAACGAUCCGAAGGUGGUCUUCGCAAGUGUGUCGUGGCAACAAAUAUAGCGGAAACAUCGCUAACAGUCGAUGGAAUCGUCUUCGUCGUUGAUUCGGGAUACUGCAAAUUGAAAGUGUACAAUCCUCGAAUAGGUAUGGAUGCUCUGCAGGUAUAUCCCGUAUCAAGAGCCAACGCCGAUCAAAGGCAGGGCAGAGCCGGUCGUACUGGUCCUGGUCAAUGCUACAGAUUGUACACGCGAAGGCAAUACUUGGACGAAUUAUUGCUAACGGGAGUUCCCGAGAUACAACGCACGAAUUUAGCUAACACAGUACUACUGUUGAAAUCGCUGGGAGUUCAAGAUUUAUUGGCGUUUCAUUUCAUGGAUCCACCGCCGCAAGAUAACAUAUUGAACUCGUUAUAUCAGUUGUGGAUAUUGGGAGCGCUUGACCAUACCGGACGCUUGACUCCUCUCGGACGACAAAUGGCCGAGUUUCCCUUGGAUCCACCGCAAUGUCAAAUGCUUAUAGUUGCGUCUCAACUUGGGUGCACCGCAGACAUCCUCAUUAUUGUCUCUAUGCUGUCGGUUCCAUCGAUCUUCUAUCGUCCAAAGGGACGUGAAGAAGAUUCAGAUUCGGCGCGCGAGAAGUUUCAGGUGCCGGAAUCAGAUCACCUGACAUAUUUAAAUGUAUACAAUCAGUGGAAGGCAAAUGGUUAUUCGAGUUCCUGGUGUAACGACCACUUCAUACACGCGAAAGCGAUGCGCAAGGUGCGAGAGGUACGGUCGCAGCUUGAAGAAAUUUUGAAGCAACAAAAGAUGGAUGUUGUCAGUUGCGGCACCGACUGGGACGUCGUACGGAAAUGUAUCUGCUCUGCCUACUUUCAUCAAGCAGCACGCUUAAAGGGCAUCGGUGAGUACGUCAAUUGCCGUACCGGAAUGCCUUGUCAUCUUCAUCCCACCUCUGCGCUGUUCGGCAUGGGUUUCACGCCUGACUACGUUGUGUAUCACGAACUCGUGAUGACUGCCAAGGAAUACAUGCAAUGCGUCACUGCAGUGGACGGUCACUGGUUGGCUGAAUUAGGCCCGAUGUUUUUCAGUGUGAAAGAAACCGGUCGAAGCGGUCGUGCGAAACGACGGCAAGCGAUGCAACACCUCCACGAAAUGGAGCAUCAAAUGAAAGAAGCCGAGGAGGAGAUGAAAGCACGCGCUCAGGAACAACUUGAACGAGAACAGGCGUCAGUUCGAAAGAAGGAGAUUUUAACACCUGGUAUCAGAGAACCGGGUACUCCUGCCCCGUAUCGUAACACACCUGGAAGAUUAGGAUUGUAA